AUGGAACUUCCAUCCGAGGAGGUUCAGGACUUGUUGGAUUAUUCUUCCCUUCCUGCUUGGUCUCCUGGAGACUUCUCUGAAACCAGCUCACUGGCAGAUAAAUCGUUAUUAGAUUUUUUUAAUGCUUCUUUGCCUUCCCUACGGGAUAAUACUGAACCAGAAAACAAGGAUACGGGAGCAACCACCAUAGGAGUUCCGAAAGAGCAAGAACAACCAAUAACUGCAUCAACAUCAAAGGCGGAAAAGAAAAGAAAAGAAGUCUCUUCCUUGGAAACUCAAUCCAACAAAAAGCAGAAAACAAGUGUGGGCUAUGAAUGCGAAAUUUGCCAACAUGUGUUCGCUAAAAAAUAUAACUUGGACACACAUGUAAGAACACAUAACAAAAACAGACUAAAAAAUCACCAAUGUUCACAGUGCAACAUGUCUUUCGAUCGCAGUUCGCAUUUACAAAGACAUAACAAGACUGUACAUCAACAGUUAAAAACAUACAGUUGCAAUUAUUGCGAAUCAAAGUACACUCGCGCCGAAAAUUUAAAAAAGCAUGUUGCAAAAAAGCAUGCGGAUAAUUAA